AUGAAAAUUACAAUAACUAUUGGAAUUUUACAACACUAUGAAGAUUUAGCAAAUCAAGUAUUUUAUGAAAUAUUUGAAUAUAUGGAUAUUUAUCAUAUUUAUGAAGGAUUUUUCAAUCUUAAUACACCAUUUAAAAAUUCACUUAUGCAUUCAAAUGUUCCAAUUCAAAUAAAUAUUUCAACAGUGUCACAAUCAAAUUUUGAAUGGUAUUAUAAAAAUAUAAUUGUUCUCAAUAUACAUCGAAUAAAUAUUCUUCGAUUAUCAAAUCCAUUUACUGCGUUGAUAUUGUUUUUUUCACAACCAUGGCUCAUUUCAACAUUUCUUCAACUUGAAACCCCAUGUCACAGAAAUCGGAUCAGCUUUAGCGUUAUUGAACUUUACGAUUUUCAUUUCGAAGAAUUAAUUGAUUUAUUACAUUUUACACCAAAUUUAUAUACAUUAAAAUAUGAUUUAAUAUGUUUUCGUCAAAAUACGGCAACAUCAAUUCAAAAAAAUGAAGAAUUUUAUCAUAUAUUAGAUGUAAAAAAUGUCAAACGUCUAGAUAUCCGUGAAACAUAUACAUUGGAAGAAAUUAAAAUGCUAGUAAAUUCAUUUCCUCCAUUACAAUAUUUUCAAACGAGAAUGAAUAAAAAAGAAAUUAAACAAAUUAUACCAUUUUCAUUGUCAAAAACUAAUAUUAAAACAAAUAUGUUAAUUAAAUUUGAAAAUUUACGUAAAGAUUAUUUUAUUGAAUUUGUUAAUUCUCAUAUAUAUUUAUGGUGGUAG